AUGAUGCGACCUGGCUGUCGGCAAUAUUGUCGAGUUGCGCAGCAGCAUUCAUGGCACCAGUAUAGUGCGAGGUUAUGCUCUAAACGGAAGAGCAAUCGAGCCCAGCAAAUACGAUUAUUAUCAUGUCUUCCAAAUCUUCCUUUUUUCCGCCCAUUAGCCCUUCAUGACCAGCUAUCGACGUCCGUUGUCCAUAGUGCAUCAGGGCGCACCUUUAGCUAUGGAAAUCUUCUCGGGGACGUCACAUUAGCUCAAGAUAAGCUCGAGACCAUUUGUGAACGGCACUCAAAGCCCCUUGAUUUACGGGGGAAACCUGUGGCAUUUUUGGCAGAAAACAGCUACGAUUACGUAGUUACCCUGCUUUCUAUACUGGCCGCUGAUGGCAUUGCACUUCCUCUUUCUCCUAACUUUCCUGCAGCGGAAUUAAGAUAUAUACUGGGUAAUUCACAGGCGGAAGUGCUGCUAGCGACAGAUAGAUACCGGGAGAAGGCAGAACAAGUGCUAGAUGGAGAAUUGGUGAAAACUCCCAUUUUGGAAUAUAUUCCAAAGCUCAACGAUGGCGCUAUACCUCCAACAAAGGUUGAGUUUCGGGAUAUGCAGUGCCCGCAGGGCGGAAUGAUGCUAUAUACUUCAGGUACCACCAAUCGUCCAAAAGGCGUAUUCCUCCCCCACUCUGCGCUAGCAGCGCAGACAAAGUCUUUGGUUGAGGCUUGGUCUUAUUCACCAGAGGAUAGAUUACUUCACAUGCUACCACUCCACCAUAUUCAUGGGACGGUCAAUGCCAUUUUGGCCCCAUUACUCGCGGGUUCGUCUAUUGAAUUUACAUAUCCAUUCAAUCCCACAACAGUAUGGGAGAGGCUCGCCAAACCAUUCUUUUCCUGCUCCAAGACAAACUCGUCGCCUGAAACUAUAAACUUCCUCACAGCUGUUCCAACAAUCUAUCACCGCCUACUAAAUACAUUUGAUUCACUCCCUGAUACCAUAAAACAUGCCGCCAAGAAAGCCAUAUUGCCCGAAAACCUGCGGUUAAAUAUUUCCGGGUCUGCUGCAUUACCAACGCCGAUAAAAAGGUCAUGGGCUAAUCUGAGUGGAGGCAACGUGCUUCUUGAACGGUACGGCAUGACUGAAGUAGGCAUGGCCCUCAGCUGUGGGCUAGAGUUCGAAGACAGGGUUGAUGGGAGUGUUGGAUGGCCACUCCCAUCCGUUGAAGUCAGAUUAUUUGAUUUGGACAAGCAAGAAGUGAUACGUCCUGGAGAAGAGAUAGAUCAAGAUAAACGUGAGAGAGUGGGCGAAAUCCAAUUACGGGGGCCGACUAUUUUCAAAGAAUAUUGGCAAAAUGAGCAUGCUACGGAAGAGUCUUUUACUGAGGAUUCUGACGGCAAAGGAAGAUGGUUCAAAACCGGCGAUAUGGCUAUUCGAAAGCUGGUGGAUGGCGCUGGACAGAGCACGAGUAAUUGGGCAAAGGGCCCCUUAUAUUUCAUCCAGGGGCGCCAGAGUGUGGACAUUAUUAAGGUCGGGGGAGAGAAAGUGAGCGCAUUAGAGGUUGAACGGGAGCUGCUUACUCUCCCACAAGUUUUGGAGGCCGCUGUUAUAGGCUUACAAUCAGAGCAAUGGGGUCAAAAAGUUGCUGCGAUACUGGUGCUAGACUCGAAACACUCGGCAACUGGGUCUCGUGAGGGGAAACCUUGGGGCAUACUUGACUUACGGCGUGCAUUAAAGGAGAAACUAUCCGAUUAUAAAAUACCACAGGAAAUGAGAGUACUUGACGGCGGGAUCCCGAGAAACGCCAUGGGGAAAGUAAACAAAAAAGCCCUUAAGCAAGAAGUUUUUGGAGAUGCAGUAUAG